CUGGGCCAGAUGUGCGCUAUUUUUUUAAACAGGAAAGCAAGCCAACGGAUAAUGAAUGGGAGAACCACUCAUUUGAAUGCCUUUUAAAGUCCCUGGUUUUUGUUUGGACUUUUCUAUGUUUUUUUUAGCUUGAUUAAUGAAUGACUGUAAAUAGACGGGAUGACACUGUGGACAGGACACUUGAGAUGAAGCCAUGGGAUGUGAUUCCUUGAAAGAUGCAGUACUGCUAUAUGUACACACCCAAUUUUAAACCCCAUGUUAGUCACAUUUUGUUACGGAAGAUGCAAAUUUCUCCUUUUUUAUAGAUUAUAUUGACCCCGUCAUGAUGAUUCUACAAGGACAUCAAAACUUUUAGGAAAAUAAAACUAGUGAAAGUGUUAUGUGAUGUGUAUUGUUGUUUCAAUGCUAUAAUACUAACACUAUAUAUGGUCCAUUUCACACUUUAGCUAAGUAAGCUAUAAUGCAUAUAUGUGUCCUGUACUUUUUCCUGUUGCCUUAUUGUGAUCUAUUUUGCCUAAUAAAUUUUAUCUUAAAACAACCAUCUGGCGUUUGACAUGCUUGUCUGCAUCGUGGUGGAAAUGAAGACCUGGUAAGUUGCCUUCUCUCUGAACAUUAGAGUCCCCCUUCUAUUGCCUCAACUUGGAUCAUGAUACACGGUCACUUACUCAAGUGUAAACUCGGAAUGCAAUAUGGCAAAAUAUUCACUAGAUGACGCCAGAGGUACACGAAUCGGAUCGUUUUUUCUUCAACUAACCCUAUUAUAUAUUUUAUUCAAGUAACUUCCUGCGAUACAAAAUUUGGAUAGCUUUUUUUUCUUUAAUAAAGCAUUUAAAUUAUGUAUACUAAUUGGCAGCGUUGAAUUGUUGCAUAACAUGGUUUAUUUGGUUGAUACUUUCUAAAAAAAUAUAAAGAAAACGAUGUGCUUGUUCAAAUGUAAUUGUGGAAGUCUCCAAACAAUAUUGUAUGUUAAAACAAUCAAGACAAAACCGCAGGUUCGGUGUCAUGGAAAAUACUCGGACCGGCUCCUUCGAUAAGCCGAGUAUAUACGUAGCUGCCCGAGAAGUGCCGAAUCAUCUGUCCUGCCCGGACUGCUGGAAGCGGCCGCAACGCCAUGUUGACGAAGUCUCCCAUCUCCGUGAGAAAAAAAUGAUAGAAAACAGACUUACUGAGAAGAAAAGCUAAAUUGCUGAAGGAAGCAAGAUAACUGCUAUAUUUACCUGAAGAAUUGAGCUGGACGGAUCCACGGAGGUUCCGGACGGGCAAGGGAGGCAAACCUCCCACCGUCCCCAUGAAUAGCACCGCUGAUCCGAACAGCGACUUUCCAUGAAAAGGCAUUUGGGUCGCUAUUCGUUAUCCUGGUUCGUCAACGGGAUCCGGGGCCUGCUUCAACCAUUUGCGACGCUUGCCCCAAUGCAUGCAAGCUAGGCGCUGUGUGUACAAGUAUUUAUUAGAAUAUUGUUUCUGUUUGUACAUUUUUUUGCAAUGAGUUUGCCAACGAAAGUGGUCCCCAAACCCGCCACUGUCUCAGUCAGCGGACAAGGAAGGGGCCCCUCUCCGUCGAGCCAGCUGCGGACUGCCCUGACCUCAGUGUCUCUACCGCCGGGAGCUCCGCUCGCUCCCCAGCCGGCCGCCGGUCUGCCACCUCAAAUACCACGGGUCCAUCAGUCGAUAGACGAGCGCAUCUUCUCACAGCCUGGAGUCACUGCAGUCUAUACCAUACCCAGGCAUGCUGGGCCUCAGUAUGCUGCUCACGACCUCUCAAAGGGCCACCCCGGCUUGGCGUGCACGCCCCCCAACCACCCCCACUCCGCCGCGCUCUCUCAGGUAUCGCUCGCCACAGCGUCGGCGUACCGCUACCCCAAGGGCUGGGAGACAGGCCCAGGGUCUCCAUACAACCCUGUACAGAACCCUGGCUCCGCCCCUCUACUGUACUCUACUCAAACGCAGCCAAUGAAUGCACAGCCUCAGAGUCGUCCCAACUCCCCCCCCCCCCCCCCCCACACCCACCCACCCAAACACCAGUUUGCAACGGGCCCUCGACCAACACACCAUCAGGGAGGAUUCAGGCCCGUCCAGUUUUUCCAGAGGGCCCAGAUGCAGGCGGCCCGGCCCACGCUGCCCACCAACCCCCCCUCCCUGAGGCCCGGGGCUCAGAACCCCCCGUCGGCCGUCUACCCCCAGAGCCAGCCCAUCAUGAUGACCAUGGCCCCCAUGCCCUUCCCCUCGCCACAGGCCGCCCAGUACUACAUCCCACAGUACCGCCACAGUGCUCCCUACGUGGGCCCCCCCCAGCAGUACUCCGUACAGCCCCCCGGAACCGGAGCCUUCUACCCUGCUCCCGGCCACGGAGAGUUCCCCACCCCCUACCCGGCGCCGGUCCAGACGGCGGGCCCGGCCUACUACCAGGGGACGCCCCCCGGAGUGGUGUUCCCCCCCUCGCCCCCCGUCAUAGUGCCUACGCCGCAGCCGCCUCCCCCCGCCAAACGAGAGAAGAAGGCAAUCCGUAUCCGGGACCCCAACCAGGGCGGCCGCGACAUCACUGACGAGAUCAUGUCGGGGGGGUCCGGGAGCCGGAACCCAACGCCCCCCGUUGGACGGCCCUCCUCCACCCCCACUCCCCCACAGCAGCAGGCGAGCAGCAGGCAGACGCCGGAGCUCCAGCCCCCCCCCCCGCCGGGGCCCCCCGCCCAGCCCCAGCAGACUCCCUCUCCUGGGGCCUACACCCCGGAGCCGCAGGGCCCGCCCCCGGGCCCGACCCCCGGGGCUGCUGCCGCCGCCGACACCACGCCUCGGCCAGAUGAAAUACCAAAAGUUGAGCCGGGCCUCCAGAAGUCUUCCUCUCCUGGCCCGCUGCAGCCCGACCCCGCGGUGAGGAGACGGGAGGCCAGCCCCCCUGCUGAGACCCCCAAGCCUCCCUCAGCGGCCCCUCCAGAAGGCCCCCUGCCUAUCGCAGCAGAGGCCAGCGCUGGGGAACACCCCUCCACCAUGGAGUCCCCCUCCACCGUGGAGCCCUCCUCCACCGUGGAGCCCUCCUCCACCGUGGAGCCCUCCUCCACCGUGGAGCCCUCCUCCACCGUGGAGUCCCCCUCCACCGUGGGGUCCCCCUCCACCGUGGAGUCCCCCUCCACCGUGGAGCCCUCCUCCACCGUGGAGCCCUCCUCCACCGUGGAGCCCUCCUCCACCGUGGAGCCCUCCUUCACCGUGGAGCCCUCCUCCACCGUGAAGCCCUCCUCCACCGUGGAGCCCUCUUCCACCGUGGAGCCCUCCUCCACCGUGGAGCCCUCCUCCACCGUGGAGCCCUCCUCCACCGUGGAGCCCUCCUCCACCGUGGAGCCCUCCUCCACCGUGGAGCCCUCCUCCACCGUGGAGCCCUCCUCCACCGUGGAGCCCUCCUCCACCGUGGAGCCCUCGUCGUCUCCAGCUGCACCGUCCCCCUCCGCCACCGCCACGGAGCCCACAGUCCCCCUGGCACCCCCUCCAACACAGAGCCCCAAGGAGCCCCAGGCCUUGCUUGCAGCCCCUCCGCAGACCCCCAGCACAGAGCAGCCUCUUCCAGAGACCCCCUGCGCUCUGGCCACUCCACCGGUCCAAGCUCCCGAGGCCCUCAAUGGCCUCGCAGACCCCCCAGCCGGGCCGCACUCCCCAGCGCAAGAGCCUUCCCCCCUGGCCUCAGCUGUACUCCAGCCCCAGGCUUCGUCAACGGCCUCUAAAGAGGUUUCCCAGGAGCCGCUGGCCACAGAGAAGAGCCCGGUGGGGGCCACUGCUUGCCCUGGGGCCCAUGUGGCCCUUAAGACUCCAGUCGCCGUGGUUCCGGUCACCCUGUCCUGCUCCUCUGCCCCCUUGACGUCCAUGCCUGCGCCCCCUCCUGGCCUGCCCCCGCUGGUGCAGGCCCCGGCGGAGGAUGGGGAGCCCAGCAAGCCUGUGGACACUAAAGCUCUUCCUCUGAAAGCGGGUCUGGAGUCCCCUACUGGGCUGGCUGAUGGCACGGCAGGGGCACAGAAGGCAGGGGCCCACCCGCAAGCACUCGCCAGGAAGAGUCCCACUACAGUCGGCCAGACUUCUUCUGCCACACCAAAGAGCUGGAGGAAACCAAACGAGGUCCCUGGAGGAGAGGGCCCCCAGAAGGAGAGCAAGGAGGAGCAGAGCCCCCUGCGGUGCUGCCCCCACACCCCCCCGCGCCCGGCCGCCCUGCUGCCCACGCCCAACAUCCCCCCCACAAUCCCGCCCCGGUUCCUGGUCAGGGGGGCCCCCGCCCAGCCCGCCGCCCCGGAGGAGAACGGAGAGGCGGAGCCCAUGAGGAACGGGGCGGGGCCUAUGAGGAACGGGGCGGGGCCUAUGAGGAACGGGGCGGGGCACGCCUCGGAGACGGAGAGCAGCGACAGCGGUGGCGGCCCGGGGGACAAGGAGAGCUCCGGAGCACCGGACACAGAAGACCUGGCGGAGUCCCCCGGGAAGAGGCAGUACAACAGGGACUACCUGCUCCGCUUCCAGUUCAUGCCGGCCUGUGUUCAGAAGCCCGAGGGGCUCCCACCAAUCAGUGAUGUGGUGCUAGACAAGAUCAACCAGACCAAGCUGCCAUCCCAGCAGCAGCAGCAGCAGCGCGUGUCGGAGCCGCGCGUCGUCUCCAGGGGACCCGACUUCACGCCUGCCUUCGCCGACUUUGGCAGACAGAUGACCGGGGCUCGCGGCCCCCCUAUGGUCAACAUGGGGGCUCGCCGCCCCCCUCCCAGAAAGAUCAUCAUGAACGUGUCGGACGACAUCCAGCUGAAGAAGUCUGAGAACGCCUGGAAGCCCGGCCUGAAGAGAGAGGCUGUGGGAGAGGAGACGGAGGUGAACCAGACACAGGAGCUGUUCCGGAAGGUGCGCAGCAUCCUGAACAAGCUAACCCCCCAGAUGUUCAACCAGCUGAUGAAGCAGGUGACGGACCUGACCAUCGACACCGAGGAGCGUCUGAAGGGUGUCAUCGACCUGGUGUUCGAGAAGGCCAUCGACGAGCCCAGCUUCUCCGUCGCCUACGGCAACAUGUGCCGCUGCCUGGCAACGCUUAAGGUGCAGAUGACAGACAAGCCCAACACCACGGUGAACUUCCGCAAGCUGCUGCUGAACCGCUGCCAGAAGGAGUUUGAGAAGGACCAGGUGGACGACGUGGUGUUUGAGAGGAAGCAGAGAGAGCUGGAGUCUGCUGCAUCGACCUCGGAGCGGGAGCAGCUCCAGGCGGAGCUGGAGGAGGCUAAGGACAAGGCUCGCCGGCGCUCCAUCGGGAACAUCAAGUUCAUCGGGGAGCUCUUCAAGCUGAAGAUGCUGACGGAGGCCAUCAUGCACGACUGCGUGGUCAAGCUGCUGAAGAACCACGACCAGGAGUCACUGGAGUGCCUCUGCCGGCUGCUCACCACCAUCGGCAAGGACCUGGACUUCGCCAAAGCCAAGCCACGCAUGGAUCAGUAUUUCCGUCAGAUGGAAAAGAUUGUCAAGGAGCGGAAGACGUCGUCACGGAUACGGUUCAUGUUACAAGACAUUAUAGACCUGCGGUUGCACGACUGGGUGUCCAGGAGAGCCGACCAGGGCCCCAAGACCAUCGAGCAGAUCCACAAGGAGGCCAAGAUCGAGGAGCAGGAGGAGCAGAGGAAGGUGCAGCAGCAGCUGCUCAACAAGGACGCCGCCAAGCGACGGCCAGACCCCCGGGAGCAGAGAGACCAGAGGGAGCCGCGGGCCCCCAGGGAGGAGACCUGGAACACGGUGCCCAUGACCAAGAACAGCAGGACCAUCGACCCCAAUAAGCUCAUGAAGAUCUCCAAGCCUCAGAUGGAUGAAAAGAUCCAGCUAGGACCUCGGGUCAGCUGGAUAAAGGGGAGCAGUGGAGGAGCCAAGGCCGGCGACUCAGAAGGGUCCAGGUCCGGCGGCAGCAGUCUGAACCGGUACUCGGCCCUCCAGGCCACCCCCCCCGUCCCGGGGUCCCCGGCCCCCGCCCAGAACGCAGACUACGACUCGCGGAGAGCCCUGGGGAGCCGCAGUACGGGCAGAGAGCGCAGCGACAAGCCCCUGAGCCCGGCCCCCGCGUCGUGGCCCGGGCCCGUCUCCAGGGCCGGCAGCUCCAGGGACCUGAUGGAGGGGCCCGAGGGGCCCCAGGAGAAGGAGGGGGAGGAGCCCCGCAGACCCAGCCCCCCCGAGGAGAAGGCGGAGCCAGAGAGGAGCCGGGCCAAGGAGGCCGUCCGCCCUGGGCCGGCCGCCGCCCCCGACUGCCCGCUGCUCCCUGAGGAGGAGGAGGUGGAGAGGAGGUCCAAGGCCAUUAUCGACGAGUUCCUGCACAUCAACGACCUCAAGGAGGCGGUGCAGUGUGUGGGGGAGCUGAAGGGGGGGUCCCACCUGCAGGUGUUUGUGCGUGUGGGAGUGGAGUCCACGCUGGAGCGCAGCCAGAAGGCCCGGCAGCUCGUGGGCCAGCUGCUCUUCCAGCUGCUGCAGCAGGGGGUGCUGUCCCAGGCCCAGCUGGUCUCAGGGUGCACUGACAUCCUGGAGCAGGCUGACGACAUGGCCAUAGACAUCCCCCACAUCUGGCUGUACCUGGCGGAGCUGCUCAGCCCCGUGCUGCGAGAGGGCGGCUUCUCUAUGAGAGAGCUCUUUAGUGAUUUAAGCAAACCAUUACUUCCUGUUGGAAGAGCUGGGAUGUUAUUUUCUGAAAUACUGCACAUACUAUGCAAAACCACGAGCCAUAGCCAGGUGGGCGCUUUGUGGCGCGCAUCGGGCCUCGGCUGGAGCCACUUCCUGUCGGAGGGGGAAGACGUCCAGGAGUUCAUUUCACAACAGAAGCUGCAGUUCACCCAGUCGGAGGGCGUCUGUCCCGAGGCGGCCGCGGCCUGCAGCACCCGGCCCGGAGAGGAGUGGAGCCGGCAGCUGGAGCGCCUGCUGAUGGAGGAGAUGGCCACCGACGAGCAGGUCUUCGACUGGGUGGAGGCGAACCUGGACGAAUCCCAGAUGAGCUCGUCUCCCUUCCUCAGAGCUCUGAUGACAGCAGUGUGCAAGGCAGCGGUGAGGGACGAAAGCAGCCCGUGCCGUGUGGACACUGCCCUCAUCCAGAGGAGACUGCCUGUGUUACUGAAGUACCUGAACUCAGACACAGAGCGACAGCUGCAAGCACUUUACGCACUUCAGGCCCUGAUAGUCACCCUCGACCAGCCCCCGAACCUCCUGCGGAUGUUCUUCGACUGUCUGUACGACGAGGACGUGAUCUCGGAGGACGCCUUCUACCGCUGGGAGGCCAGCGGCGACACGGCGGAGCAGGGGGGGAAGGGCGUGGCGCUGAAGUCCGUCACGGCCUUCUUCACCUGGCUGAGGGAGGCCGAGGAGGAGUCGGAGGACAACUGACGAGGAGCGCCCCUCCCUCCUCCUCCCCCACCAAGCCCAGGAAAUAAACUAAAGAACUGCAGAACCCUGGAGACGACAGCGUCCUGGGGGGUCAGGCUCACGGCCGACACUCAAAUGUGUUCUCCUUUUUAUUUGUUUUUAUUUUUCAGUUGCCGCCCUCUCCCCCUCCCUC